AUGCGAGAGCAUAAGCUGCUCGCGAACCUCAAGAAGUGUAAAUUCGCGGCGAGCGAAUUACCACUUCUUGGCUGCAUCGUGGGUAAAAACGAUGUGCGCCAUGACCCGGAAAAGAUCAAGGCGAUUAGCGACUGGCCUGUGCCCGUCGACGUCAACGGACUUCGAAAGUCCCUUGGCUUGACAGCGUAUUUGCACAAAUACUCGCUCAACUAUGCCGAGAUGACUGUACAUCUCUCUCGUUUACUAAAGAAAAACGGGAGAUGGUUAUGGAGCGCUGAGUGUCAGCACUCUUUUGAAGGCAUCAAGAAAAGCUUGGUGCAAUCGCCUGUGUUGGCAAUCGCAGAUCAGGAUAGACCAUUUCAUGUGGUCUGUGACGCCAACGAUUUUGCAAUCGGCUGCGCGUUAAUGCAGUACGACUCAGACGGGGUUGAGCGCUUCGUCUGUUAUCAAUUGCGUCAGCUGCAAGCAGCUGAGCGAAAUCAUCCGGUUCAUGACAAGGAACUCCAUGCCAUGUAA